UAUAAAGCCCUGCAGAGAAAGCCUCCAUCGCAAGCAUGGCCACCGCCCCUCUUGCACGCCCCCACCACCUCUCCUUCUCCACCAUCCUCCACUCCCUCUCCCAAACACCUCACAGACUCCGAAAGAGAAUGUUCGUCACAUGGAGCCCGGACCAGGAGAUGAACCAGGUGAGGCAAAGAUCUGGAGCGGACAUGAAGAGGAAGCUGGAGUGGUACGAUCUCGUGGCACUGGGCGUGGCAGGAAUGCUCGGCGCCGGAGUCUUUGUGACCACCGGGCGCGUCGCCCACAAGGUCUCGGGACCAGCCGUCUUCAUCUCUUACAUCGUCGCCGGCGUAUCGGCCCUUCUCUCUUCCAUGUGUUACACUGAGUUCUCCGUCGAGAUGCCCGUCGCUGGCGGCGCUUUUAGUUAUCUAAGAGUGACAUUUGGAGAAUUCGUGGGCUACUUCGGAGGAGCAAACAUACUGAUGGAGUAUGUGCUGUCGAACGCGGCGGUGGCCAGAACCUUUACGGAGUACUUGAGUCACGCAUUCGGCGUGGAUGAUCCCAAGUCGUGGAGGGUACAAGUGGAUGGCUUGGCACAAGGCUACAAUGCACUAGAUUUCCCUGCUGUUGCUCUUAUUAUUCUCGUCACCCUAUGCUUGUGCCACAGUACAAAGGAGAGCUCCAUUGUGAACGUUGUAAUGACGGUGUUUCACGUGAUCUUUUUCGGGGUCGUCAUCGUCGCAUGUUUCGCAAACGGCAAUCCCAAGAACCUGAUUGAGCCCAAAGGCUUGGCUCCGUUCGGUGCUCGUGGUGUUCUUGAUGGGGCGGCCAUAGUAUACGUCAGCUAUAUCGGCUAUGAUUCCGUGUCGACCAUGGCAGAAGAGAUCAGAAACCCCUCGAAGAGCCUUCCCAUAGGUAUUGCCGGCUCCGUGCUCAUCGUCUCCGCGCUUUACUGCUUGAUGGCCCUGGCUUUGUGCUCCAUGAUUCCAUAUGAUGAGAUAUUGGACGACGCUUCCUUCUCUUCGGCCUUCAAGAACAUGGUAGGUUGGAGAUGGAUGGGCAACGUUGUGGGAGUGGGGGCAAGCUUGGGCAUCGUGGCGUCGCUGCUCGUUGCCAUGCUGGGCCAGGCGAGGUACUUGUGCGUCGUCGGCAGGGCUCGUCUCGUGCCAUUCUGGUUGGCCAAAGUCCAUCCUUCCACUGGAACUCCCAUCAACGCCACCAUCUUCUUGGGGAUAUGUACAGCGUCCAUCGCACUCUUCACGGACCUCGAAAUAGUAAUCGAGAUGAUAUCGAUCGGAACGCAGAUAGUAUUCUACCUGGUGGCCGGCGCACUCAUCUACCGACGCUACGUGAAGCUCGGCGGCAGCGGCGGCAUCAGCAGUCCCCUCCCCACUCUCCUCUUCCUUGUGCUGCUCACGUCGACUUCGAUUGGCUUUUCCCUUUCAUGGAAGCUCAACGGCGGGUACUGGUGGGGACUAGCAAUGUUCGGCACGGCCGCCAUCGCCAUCACCGGGAUCUUCCACCGCAAAGUCCCAUGCAACCGCAGCACGGCGGAGUGGUCGGUUCCGCUGAUGCCGUGGCCGGCGGCUGCCUCCAUCUUCCUCAGCGUGUUCCUCAUGGCUAGACUCAAGAAGAGGUCCUUCCUGAGGUUUGUCUUGUGGAGCUGCUUCAUCACCUUGUUCUAUGCGCUGUAUGGCGUUCACUCCACGUUCCACGCGGAGGAGAUGGAGAUGGAAAGGGGGGCUUCCGAGGGCAACCAUGGCGAACCAUCUCCGCCGCAGCAGGGAAAGCUGGAGGUACAGGGGCCGUAG